AUGGCCGCCGCCCCGCCGCCGCCGUGGCCCCUAAUGGCACACCGCGAAGGAGGAGACGCCCCCGUCUCCCUCUUCCUCGACACCAAUCUCGGCACCCAUCUCGCCCUGCUCGUCGCCCCGGACACAGCCAUCCGUGGCCUAAAGUCGCAGGUGGCCGCGGAGCACGCUGCCGCCUUCCCCGACCUCGGCCCCGUCACCAUCAAGUCCUUCCAGGUCCGCCGGAAGGGUGUACUGUAUCACCUCUCUGAUUCAAUGACAGUGAUGAGUGUCUUCACCAAAAUUAAAGGUGGGUGCUUUCUUCACGUCAAUAUGGCAGAGGCUACAACAGCCACACACUGCUGCCAAGAUGCUCCAGCAACUGAUGAUAGAAGAGUGAGUGAUGUUUGUCUUGGAAUUCGUGUAAAGAACCAUGUUGAGGAGCUGCCUGUGAUGGCACCAGAUGUUGCUUGUGAUAUGCUCUCUAGAGGUCUUGAAGGUGGUAAUGAUGAUGCCGCGCUGAAUAAUGUUCGAGCACAUGAUGCAUUGCCAAAUUGUUCCUUGGUGCCAUCCUCAUCACAGCUAAAUACUGAAAUACUGAAGAACAAAGCAGUGGGUCUGGCCAUUGAUACAGAAGCAGGAAUUGAUCAAGUUAUUGACAAAGCAAAGAGUUACAGUGGCCAGAUAAAACAAGCUAAUCAAACUGAAGGUGCUUAUAUUAGUUCCACAUCAAUGGCAUGUGUUGAUAAAUCUUCAAACGAGAGUAAUAUGUCACAUGCUGUGGAGGAGCUACAUGCAAGUCGAGACCAUGGCGUUGGUGAUGAUGUUUCUGACAAAAAGCAAGUCAGGGUAGAGGAGCAACUGCUGGAAGAGAUACAAGCAAAGGAGACUCUUUCACAAGCAAAGGAGAACAAAAAAUCUAGGACUGCUUCUUUUGACACAUCAUGUACUGUGGAAUCUUUAAACACUUCUAAUCAUCAAGAAGUCCAUGACACCUUACAAGAGGAGUCCAUCCAUUUAGAAAAUCCAAGCACUCUUGGAAAGAAGAAGAAAAGGAAAAGGUGUCAAUUGUCCCUGUCAAAAUCUGCUUCUGCUCAAGAGACAACAGAACCAUCAGCUACGGCAGUAGAUUUAUUAAAACCCACAGGUGAAGUUCUGCCUCAUAACAGCCUAGGGAUACAGAUCCAUAAUAUACAUGCAAUGGAUAAUCUUUCACAAGAAAAGGAGCACAAAAAAUCUAGGACUAGUUCUCCUGACACAUCAAGUAGGCAUCUACUGGAAACAGACCCUACUUCUCUUAGGGAACCUUUAAACACUUCAAAUCAUCAAGUCCAUGACACUUUACAUAAGGAGUCCAUCCAGCUAGAAAACCCAAGUGCUGCUGAAAAGAAGAAGAAGAAAAAGCGUCAAUUGGCCCCUUCAAAAUCUGCUUCUGCUCAAAUAACGACAGAACCAUCGUAUGGGGCAGCCCCAGCGGAUUUAUCAAAAUCCACAGGUGACGAGGCAUAUAAUGUUGAAUUGACUGACAAAGAUGAAACUAUAGUCAAAGCAUCUGGUUUGCCUCUUUCAUCAUCAGAACUUAAUGAUGGAAACCAGGGGAGCAAAAGUGUUCAGUUUGUGAGCAAUGCUCAGGCAUCUACUGAUCUAAUUUCUGAACAAGAGAAGUUUGAUCAUGCUCUCAAGGGAUGUAGGGAUCCUUCAAUUGCAGAUGCCAUUUAUUCUACAGGUGAAAGUGUAGCUAUUGAAGGAAAAACUACAAAAGGAAGCUGCGCCCCUUUGGAUGAAGGGGACAAGCAUGAAGAAAUAAAACAACACAAUGAGGGAUUUCACAAUGAAGGUGUACCUGAAACAAGCAACAUGGAGAAAGAUGGCAAAAGUACAGAUGUCUCUGACAAGAGGCAAACAGAUCAAAAUACUUCUCAAGUGAAGAAGCGCAAGAAAUCAAAGGUUGGUUCUGUUGACAUGCCUUCCGUGGAUGCUACUGGUGAGAAAGAUCAUGGGUAUAGUGAAAAUGCUGCCAAACAAGCUACAGUUUCUACUAAAAGGGCGAUUGUCCAUGAACCUUCUAUGCAACAGAUGUCAAACAUUGUGUAUCAAGGGGAUUCAAAUAUAAUAGAAAAUCCAAGUGGUGAUGGAAAGAAAAAGAAAAAAAGAAAAUGCCGCUCAGAAUCCUUAAAGGGUAUGAAUCCUAGUCAAGAUCUGACAAAAUCUUCUGGAUUUGUAACAAACGAAAGCUCGAUACAAUGCACAGAUGCUACUCCAAUAGAUGCAAAGCAAACAACCCCGGGCAUUAUAGAAGGAGAAACGGUUACUGAGCACAAGAAGCUUAGUGAAAGUCUAGAUGUAGCGGCAACAAAUGUUAUUGAUGAGGUAUUGGCAGAUCUAAGAUCUAAAGACAGCUUAAGUAAGGAUCUGGAUGCAGAUCUUUUACCAGGACAAACUCACCUAGGCAGCAAUCAGAAUAGACUAGAAGUUCCUGAAUCCAUUGCUGUUAAAGUUGGUAGCGUUACUGCAGCAUUACCUCCGAAAUAUCCUGCAGCGGUUCACUCUGCUUCUCCUGUUAGCUCACCUAGACAAAAGAAGUCUAAGGGGAAGAAAUCGAAAGUGCUAGCAACCAUGACUGACUCUUCUCAUCAAUCAAGUGGUGUACCUGAAGAUGAUGCUAAUAGAGAAUUAAAAGAGUCUGAUUCUUUGAGGUUUGCUGAUAAAACAAGUGAUCUUGAGGAUAUAGUAACUGGAAAUGUGGUUGCGCAAGCUGAUGACAAACGCAAAGCCACUAAGCAUCGAAGAAAGAAGGGUUCCGUAAAGCAAGUACUCGAUACAUUGGACUACAAGGAAACUAAUGAUACGGAAGAAAAUUUGGUUCAGGGAGGUUCUGUAGUUGACACUCCUUUAAUCACUGUUGGGAAAGUAGAGCAGAAAGACAGGUCUUCUCAGACUCUUGGGACCCAUGAUAUUGAAAAUGCUGCAGGGUCUCCAAUCUUGCGUGUAGUUCAGAAAGAUGCCAUGGCUCUCGAAUCUGCCAACCUUAAUUCUCAAAAGGAAAGGAAAACAUCUUCGAACUCUGAACUUCAAAGUCUGGAUUGUGCCCUGGAACACGGUUUCAGUGCUGAUUUGGUGAACUCCAGGACUGAAAAGGGAGUCAGCACUACAAGUUCUGCUAGUGCUGUUAAACCUGAUUACCACACCGUGUUUCAUCCUGCUAAUGAUGGAAUCAAUUUCCUUGAUCAUUUUAGCUGCAGCAAUCUGAAUGAUGAUCCAUCAAUAGCUGCAGAAAGUAAGCAAAACAAUGAAGAUGAAUCUUUAAGGGAAGUGAAGAAUAAAAAGAAGAAGAAACGAAAGCAACGUACUGGUAGCAUUGAACCAAAUGAUGAUACCAGCAAAGUUAUUGUGCCAUUUAUUGCAACAGAAAACAUGAACAGAGAAAAUGAGAAUGUGAAUAACGGCAAGGAGAAGAAGAGAAAGGGCAAAGCUAAUAUGGAAGUACCUACUGCUGAAAGGGACAAUCCUAAUUGUGAUAAUCAAGGCAUUAAUAUUGGUACCCAAGAUUCACUUAUUUCUAUUGUACAAAAACAAAGGACAGGUCAGGACAAUGGAAAAGAGAGCAACAGCAAAGUUACUCAGAAUGUCAGUAUAAUGCUACAUGAACCAGAAGAUGCCACUUGGAAUCAUACUCCUGAGAAGAAUCUCCACCAGAGUGUUGAUGAUCAGAGCAAGUUGCUCACUGAAAAGGAUCAUGCACAUAUAACUAAAGAAGUGAGGAAAUUCACUUCUCAGACAAAGCCCCAUGCUAAGAUUAGAAAGCCUGAUGGGUCUCCUAUCAAGGGAAAGGUGGCUCCAAAUCCUAAGCCUGUAAGCAAUCUUGUGAAGGAUUUUUCCAUGAGCCCACAAGCGUCAAGUAACAGCAUAGAGGGCACGCCACAAAAUGCUAACCGAUAUAGAGUUGCAGUCCGGAAAGUCUCGAGUAAAAGGUAUGAAGAGACCAGUGGAAACUCCAAAAAAGCGAGUAGGAAAGUAGGCUCUGGUGCAAUAUUCAAUGACUGUAUCAGCGAAGGUUCUGGUGAUGAAUUGGACACCAAUACUGUCAUGGAAGGAUCACCUGAUAGUUCAUCUACAUCUGCUGACUCAGGUAUUUCAUCUGCAGCCUAUGAAAGCGAGGUUCCUGAUGAUGGCACCGUAUCACUAUCUCAGAAGAGUCUCAAAGGUGGCCUGGAUAUUGGCUCCAUCCUCCGUGGUUCCCGUAGCUAUCAGAAGGCAAGAAAGAAGCAGGCGGAGCUGUUAGAUGAUGACACCAUUGUGCCUGAUAGCCAGCCCACGGAUGGCCUUUGGGGCUGA